AUGACCCAAGAAAAUGAUAAAAACCUACGAGAAAUUGCUCAGGAACUUCUGAAAGAAAUUGCUAAGGAAGCCAAGGAUAGUGGAGAAGAGAAAAGUGUGCCAAGCGAUGGAUUGUUAUCAGCUAAUUUACUUGCUACUGGAGUAAUGCAAGAAACUCUGAAACAUUUAUAUUUCAAUAGGUUACGUGUUGUUUUUCCACAAACAUUACCGCAUGCAUUAAGUUUGGUUGAUCAGAAUUGUAUCACUAAGGUUAGCUCUCCCAGUGGUAGAGAGCUAUUCCAGGUCGAAGGAUCAUCAGGAAGAAUUUAUAACUGUCUUAUGUCAUCAGAGUACUGUACAUGUCCGUCUUAUACAUAUUAUGUCCUAAUGAAAGAUGAGAUAUUAAUGUGUAAACACAUACUGGCAGUUUACAUUGCUCAGAAUCUUGGAACUUUUGAUCAAAGAGAAGUCAGUGAUGAAAAUUUCUUUGACAUCUUAACUGACGUGGAAUCUUGAAGAAUUUGUGCAUGUGGAGAUAG